AAAAGGAUCCUAAGAGCGACAGGUCAAAGAAAUGUCCAACAAGCAAACACUUAGUUGCAAUGAGUUGGUUGUCAUCUACUAGACUGUUGCUUGGCCGGAGCCGAUUGCUGCCCCGUCGAUCACUAUUGGGCGGUGGUGCAGCAGCCAGAAGUGGCAUUCCGACAACAGCGCGUUUCUUGUCGGAUGACCGCGAAACUACGCUCCAUAGCGACAGCACCGUGAGCGAUGAGGACUCUUCGUUGAUUGCCAGCAAGUUCAAGAGUCAGAUUGUGCACAAGUUAUGGACCGAACGAGCCAAGGCCAAAAAAGAUGGCAGUGCCAAGCCUAUGGGAGGACCAUCCAGCUGUGUGACGGUAACCGAUGGCAAGACACCUUGUCAGUCCGAAACCAAGGUGGAAUAUCCGUUCACCAAGGAUGAGCUGUUGUCAGAGUCCUACAAAAGCCCCUGGAAUUCCAUGAGAAUUGGAAAAAUACUAGAGGAUUUAGAUGCUUUGGCAGGUAACAUUGCCUUUUAUCACGUAAGAAAUGAAGACAAUGCUGUCGAACACCCUCUGAUUGUCACGGCAUCAGUGGACAGAAUUCGUCUUCGAAAGGAGUCACCUACGAUGCCUUGCGAUCAGGUGUUGAGUGGCAGAGUCACCUACGUGGGUACAUCCAGUAUGGAGAUUCGGAUGCAUUGCACCAGUGCCGAGGAUACGGAUCCUUGGUUGGAAGCCUUCUUUACCUUUGUCACACUGGAUCCAACGACCAAGAAACCCAUGCUCAUUACCCCCCUCAAGCCUCAAUCCCCACAAGAGCAGGCAGAUUUCGAUGCGGGUGCCCAGAGAGCAGCACUCAAGAAACAGCGAAGAAAGCAAGAAAAGGAAGGUGCUCAUCAAAUUCCACCUCAUGCCGAAGCCUUGUUGCGUCAGGCCCGACCAGUGCUACUGAACAUGCCCAGUCUGGCAUCGGGAGGGGCGGACAUUACCAUGGCGGCCACGUCCAUGCAAAAUGCCUUGAUGGCUCAACCACAAUCGCGCAAUCUACACAAUCGAAUCUUUGGUGGAUUCUUGAUGCGACGUGCCUUUGAAUUGGCAUUCGCCAAUGCAUACGUCUUUGGAGGAGCCCGACCCGUGUUUCGAGAAGUAGACGAGAUUUCCUUUGCGGCACCCGUGGAUGUGGGAGAUUUGCUCGUCUUUAACAGUCGUGUUCUCUACACGAGUAGCAAUGAUGGUGCUACCGACGGCGAUUAUCCAAUGGUGCAUUUGGAAGUGGAGACAUUCGUCACGGAACCUGAGCUAGCAGAUGCCAAGCUAUCGAAUCAGUUUUACUUUACAUUUGCAAUCCAAGGGCCUACGAGACCCCUACGUCAAAUUCUGCCGGCCAACAUUGAUGAAGCAACACGAAUGGCCUUGAGAAUGGAGGCUGACAAAGUGCAAGCAUCCGGUGAUUGAUAGUUGAUGGUUGGUAAUCAAAAGAUAGAUAGAGGGAGUUGCUGAUUCUAG